GUAAAUGCUCUUCAGUUAUGUAGGAAAUAAAGAUAAUAAUAAUGAUGAUAAUAGUAAUAGUCUAUUUGUUAGGUAUGAUACAUCGACCUAAGUGUUUGGAAGUAACAAUUUGGAAAUUACUAACCUUUUUCCGUUUCAAGAAUGAUCCUUCGAUUAUUUUGAAUUAUAUUGGUUCUGGGAAUUUACUUGGAAAUCGUUUCGUAUAAAACACAAUGAUCAUAUUCACGUUAAGUCAUUUCAAAUCUUAAUUAGGGUUUAAUUACAAAGUGGUCAUACAAGUGUGAGAUGCAAGUAUGUACUCGCGUGUUAAAGGCGUCUACAAUAACAAUGUUACAUUGGAAGAACUAAAUGAGGACUUAUUUCGCCUGCAUAUUCCCGCCUUAAUAUUUGUCGCACUUUGUUUUGUGACUGGAUUUGUUGGAAAUCUACUGGUUCUGUUAGUGUACAAGAAGAAAUUCAGAAGAUCUAACCACCGGUACUUCAUUCUGUUUUUAGCAGCGUUAGACUUUCUGGCCUGCACCGCCGGAAUGCCUUUCAUCAUUGCAAGCCUACGGUUGCCAUUUUUGAUGACGUCAUCUGCGUUAUGUAAAUCGAUGCGAUAUCUUCUUUACGUUGUCAAUAACAGCUCAGGUCUGCUGUUAGUGGUCAUUUCGGUAGAAAGAUACUGGAAAAUAUGUCAUCCAUUCAAAACUCAGCCGACCACAAGGCAUACACUUUAUUUAUGCAGUGGAACUGUUUUCGUCAGCGCAAUAAUAGCCAUUCCAGCAGCACUGUUGUACGGUGCCAGUACAAUAGAGACAGGUGUUGGUGAUAAAACGGGGUACCAGUGCUACGUCGACGACACUUCAGAGCACAAACAACUUUUUAAAAUCUAUCAGAGCGUUCUAAUGAUAGAAACUAUUUUAAGUACCGUAAUUUUUGUUAUUUUAUACGUUUUUAUUAUGAGAACACUUUGGACGAGUAAUCAGUUCAUACAAGCAAUGAGAAGCAUGCAAAUGAGUUCGACCAGGAAAUCGGAUACAAGACUUAACAGGGUGAAACAAACAAACAAAUUUCCUACUCUUACACCAGCAGAAAGACUAGCGAUGCGUAAACUACUGGAAUCGAAACAACAACCAGCAGAAACGCAAACACAACCAACACCUCAACUCAUGAAAAGAACUGCAAGAGUUACUCUAAUGCUAUUCACCGUUUCCAUGGUAUUUGUUAUUGCAUUUGUUCCGCACCUUGCACUCAUGAUAGUUACCGCCGAGAAAGAAGAUUCUCUGGAUACUUUGAACGAAAUUGAAAUAAUGGUUUAUCAAAUUUUCUUAAGGAGUUUUAUUUUGAACAAUGUUGCAAAUCCCAUUAUAUACUUAUUUUGCGAUUCUAAAUUUAGAAAAUUGUGUAAAGAUUUUAUACGAAAAUACAUUAUAUGUAACCGCAACAGAAAAUAAAAAAGCGGCGAAACAUCAAAUACAGUUGAAUGAUAAACACUUUGAAACGGUUAAAUAUUUUUUGUUGUAAUUUCAAGCAUGCAUGGUGACGGAGAACUAAACCAAACUAUAUUAUGUCUGCUUCAAUGAAUGUUUCUGUAUUACAUUUAAGUGAGUUAAGUGUGCAUGUCCAAUGUUGUUUGUAGAUAACAAAUUGAUUGUGGUAAUUUUAACAUUAAUAAUUCUUUAUUCA